AUGGAAGAGAUGAACGAAGCCUUGGCGGUAGCUUUGAGCAGCAACGGCGCCGGGAGUAGCGUCCGGAGUAGAGGCCCAAAGCCCAAACAUCCGCACAACCAAACGAUUCAAGUCAAAAUCGGUUCACACGCACCGCAGUCCAUGACACCGGAUCAAGCCGCCGAAUACUUAAAAAGCAUUGCCAAUACGGGAGGCUUUGACGGAAGCUCGUCGGGCGCAGGUAGGGAUGUUAAAAUGACCUUUGGCAAGGGACCGACGGCAGCGUCGCUGACGACGGAACUCGCUGCCGCUGUGUCGUCCCUCGGAGGCGGGAACAUUCUCCACAACUACGCGACGGCUGCGGACACGAACGCCGCCGUCGGUACCGCCAUUCCCUUUGGUCCCAGACGAUCUAUUUGUGGUGACUCGGAACACGCCGACUUUGUUUUCUCCUCCAACUCGGCGCUUUCGACCCUCGACUUCGCCGCCUUGGCAGCGGUCGGUGGCGCCGAUUUGCCCCACAAACGGAAAGACGGUGCACCCUGCACGGAAAAGGAAAUGAAAGCGCUCAUGAGCAUGUUUGUAGAAAUUAUGGGACUGCAAAUGAAAACCGAUCAACUGCAACCGCCGAUGCACGUUCGGGGUGAUGUGCUUCAGGCAUUCCCGUCGCAGUGUGCACCACCCCCAUCCGGUUGGCCGGAAGAGCUGCUCUACCCCGCGUUACCGCCGACUUUGAAUGAUGACGACUCUUUGCCGGAUCUAGAAGAAGCACCUGUGUGGUCGUUUGCGAGUCUAGGAAAAUUGACGGCACUCCUGGAGCAAACGCCCCCGGUACCCGAACGAUUCAACCCAGCUUCCGGUAUUGAACGUUUGAACUGGGACUUGUUGGAACGGUUUGCCAUGGAAGAUGCCUUGGAACAGGAAGAGCGAGCUCGCAAGUCGGCAAAGUAUGUGUCACAACAGCAAUCUGCGUCGCGACAAGCCUCACAAGCUCGAUCGGAAGCCGAAGCGGUGGCGAAACGACUCGACAAGGUCUUCCACGCGUGGCGCUCCAAAGUAGUCAGCGCAAUCAACGUAAACGAUGUUGACGCGUUGGAAGUCCUACUGGUGAAUUCUCCCUCUGUUAAUGACGAGAGAGUUGCCAAAACGCACUGGCGGGCUUUGGCUCCACAGCUUUUGGCCAAGAAUCGGCAAACCUUGCCCAAGAAUAGACAAGCGCGGGUGCUGCUGGCCACUCUGUUGGGACGCAAGUCGAUAGACUUGCUAUCAGAACCUCAACGGAAUGGGCGUAGUGUACUGCAUACGGCUUGCUUUCAUGGUGAUAUAGCUCUGGUUCAGGCAUUAUUGUCAUCCUGGGGCAGUGCUUCUGAGGGUUCGGAUGAAAAACAGAAAAAAAUCAACGUUCGCUGUCAAGAUUCGGGAUGGACACCGCUGCAAUAUGCUGUCGCGUCCGGAUCAAUGCGUGUUGUCGAACUUAUACUUCAGCACGGAGCCGAUAUGCUGGUGCCAACGAACGAUACACACACUUGGAAGCGACAAGGAAAGGGUGGUUUGACCGCUGUGGAACUAACCGACGUUAUUCGUAAGCAAGCAUGGAGUAAACAGAUUGAAAGUCAUGGUAUGGCGCUCCCGGAAAUUACCAAGGAACUUUUGUCGGGCACCGAAGCACGGCUCUAUCUAGAGCGUUUGGCACAAAUUGCGCAUCGCUUGCGUGAGGUGGCGUCGCAAGGCAACAGCAUCGAGCCACUGUCAGAAAAGCAAUUGAGCAAACUUGAAGAGCAAGUCCGUCAGCAGGCUACAAAAACGCGCAAGCCAGAAGCCGGUUCAGUUACCAGCAACGAUGGCAGCCUACGCAAACAAGAGUCCAUGGCCAGCAAUACGCCCCAGAGGUCGAGUUCUAAAGCGCAAAAGAAUUAUGCUGAAACUCUACCGGUAUCGAAAAUCGACACGAAAAACAUAACAGAACCUGUGACAAAAUCUGUACCAGAAGAUCCAAUGAUUUCUGCCCUAAUAGGUAUGGGAUUUGUACGAGAUCAAAUUAUGAACGGUGUUCACGCUUGUGGAGGCAUGGACCGAGCAACAGCGGAUGACGUUGUGGCUUGGAUUUUUGGACAAGAUACAAGUCCAGCUGCGCCUGACGAAUCUCCGAAAACAAUAGAGGACCAACCCGCGUCUCAGAUUUCCGGUGGUAUCCAAUCUCGUGAUUCGCUCCGGCAUGCGCGAGCCGCUAACGCAGCUGAAGUUAACCGUUUGACAACUUUGCGUAAAGCCGAAGAAGAAAGACUUGCCGCCGAGCGACAAGCCGCCCACCGGGAAGAGCAGCGUCGGAAAAAUCGGGAAUGGAACAAUCGACAAAAGCGACAGGUGCAGACAGCCACAGCCGCGGAUGUCAAGAGAUCGUCAGGUGGAUUGGAGGGUAAGGCCUUGCCUCCGAGAUCGCUGUCGAAGCAGAUCUCCGGCAUGCCUGAUAAAGGACCCAUCCCGGCUGCCAUGUCGGCGAUGGCUACUGCCCCUACAUCGACUUGGGUUAACAGGGAAGUUCGAGAAAAUGGAAACGAUUCCUCGACGGUCAAUUCGUUUAAUGAGAUUACAACCAUUGAGAUCUACAACAAUGACGACGCAACAGUAUCGACUAUUGGGAGUUUGCAAGCCCGUGCUACUUCCAUUCCCGUUCCUUCAUCACAGCCAGUCGCUCCCCCUGGCUUUGGGUUAACCGUUCCGGCUGUUCCGGAGGCGAUGGAAGCAACGCAUCCAUGGGGCUUGACGCCAGCUGGGGUCCCUCAUCUACCUGGAAACGAUGGACCGGGGUGCUUUCUUCCUCCUCCAGGGCUCUCCGCCGACCUGAAUAGUAUGCAGCAUCCAGCAAUUUCAGGAGCUAGCGAGCGUCAAUUCCCAAUGAAGAAUGAUCCUAUGGCGGGAGGAAGCAUUUCCCGUUCUGCGGAUUCUUUCACUAGAUUCGCGACUGGGAACAAUGGCACAGGUCUUUUGGGGAGUCAUUUAAUGUCCACGACAAAUCCACCAGUAGAUCCAUCGUUGCUCUUUUCCGACUCGUUGACCGGUAAUUCCUUUCGGAACAAUCUUUCGCAACAAACUUGUCUACCGCCGUUGCCCUCGCAAUCUUUCACAAACGGAUCGUCGUUUUCUGGUCCGACGUUGCCAUCAUCUUUGGGUAUCGGUCGGAGUGGGUUACCGAAUCAAGCCGCUCACCUAGACUCAUCAUUCAUCGAAUCCAUUUCUACGGGUGAUCCCUUGCUGGAUGGAGCCUCCCUGUGGGGCGGCAUCGAUCCCCAGUCACAAUCACCGUCGGUGUUGCACAACUUGCUACACGAAGAUUUAAAUCAUGACGGCAUCUUUCCAGCUCCGCAAACUUCGGAACAAGAAAGAAGCUUUGCGACAUGGGGGACAAAUCAGCAACAAUCUCACGCUAACCUGCAUCUCCUUCACCAACGACCUACAGCUAACUCGCAUCAACAACCGCAGUCUCUAAACGUGGCAAGUACUAUGCAGCGAGAUAACCGUGGCAGGUCCAUAUGGUAA